AUCAGUAAAAAGUGUAGGGUGAUUAAAUAAUAAUAAGUACGAAAGGAAUAAUGAAUGAACACAAAGAUGAUUUAACAGUCGAAGACAUAAUUUUAUUAAAACAUCCCGGACUCGAGAUGUCACAAUCAAGAAAUAAGAAUACUAUAUUACAGGGAACAAUAAAAGUCAAGAACAUUUGGUUAAAUAUUAAAAUAAUUUGCCCCAACUUCCCACAUAUUCAUAACUUCCAAUUGCAAGUGCAACACAGUUUUAAUAUAAAAACCUAUACAAGUGCAAAUCUCGAUAUACCCACAAAUUGGGCAGUUGAUGAAUUGAUAGAAAAUUUACCAACAUUAAUACAAGCUUCAAAAUCUGCAAAUCAAAUUUUAACCAAUGCUAAAGAAGAUUCCCAAACAAAUAUUUAUGCUGAAAUAGCCAAACUGUAUGCACCCUCAGAAUAUGAGAUUCUUCUUAAUGACAGUUGUUCGCUGGUUCGUUUUAAGCGUUUUUCACAAAAUGAACAGCAUUUUCUAGAAGUGGCCUUGCCAAGUUUACAAUUAUUGGAUCAUAGUUUACCUUCAUGUAUUGAUUGGCAUGAACUGUUGGGUAAAGCCUCCUCUCUAACAAUGCUCUUGCAACAAUACAUUAAUUUUCUGGAUGACUUAAGACCUUUUUAUGAGAGUUUUACUGAUAUUGAUGAAUUGUGCUAUGUGGUCCAGCCACCAUUGCCCACCACUAAAGCGAAUUGGCGUUUAUUUGUUCUAAAAGACAAAGUUUAUCUAAAGCUUCAGUUUGCUGACCCUUUCUCGCCACUAAGCUCCAUGUCGGUUCACAUUAUCGGCCCAACGCAAGAAGUUACUCACUUAAGACGGAUCUAUAGCGAGGGAUUACGUGAUUGGGAUGGGGACUUGGAUGUCCACAAAAAUCUUUUACGUAUAUUUGAUUUGUGCUUUUUUCCAAUGACUCCGGCAGAAGGUUCUCAAACAGCAUCACAGUUUUGUAAUAUUUGCUACUGUUAUAAACUCGAAAAUGGCGAAAUUCCUAUUGUUUCGUGUGAUAACAACCACUGUAGUUUAAUAUUUCAUGCUGUUUGCCUUAAAGAGUGGUUUAGUACUUUGGCUGACGGAAAAACGUUUCUUGAUGUUGCUUUUGGUGCCUGUCCAUUUUGCAAAGCGAAAUUAUCCACAUCUUUCCAAGAAAUUCUGUCAUAAUCUUUAUAAUUUGAAUUAAUAAAGGUACGUACUUAAAA